AAUAGCCUAAAGCAAUCCUUUCAUAAUAAAUUUCUAAACGGAACAAGCGCAUGGAUUGUAAAAAGGCGGUGGUUAAAAAUGCUGAUAUGCCAGAUGAAAUGCAACAGUAUGCUGUAGAUACAGCUGCGCAAGCAAUGCAUGAAUUCAAUAUUGAAAAAGAUAUUGCAAGUAGUGUAAAGAAGGAAUUUGACAAAAAAUAUGGUCCAACAUGGCAUUGUAUUGUGGGACGAAAUUUUGGAAGCUAUGUAACACAUGAAACGAACCACUUCAUUUAUUUCUACCUUCAAAAUGUUGCCAUAUUACUGUUUAAAUCUGGAUAA